AUGGAUGGUCGAAAAAUAAGAAAUCAUAGUCAUCCAACAGCUUAUACAGAAGAACCAGCGGAAGAAAAGAUUUUAUCACAAAAAUUCACGCAAUUAUCAAUAUCAACAAAUAAUGAAGAGCCACCAACAUUCGAAGAUAUUACAGACGAAAUUCAAAAAAUUCCAGACUUUUUAACAAAACGAAAUAAAUCUUUCAAGCAAAUGAUACGUCAAGUAAUAUCAACAGCAACAAUAGAAAUAUCAAAUAAAACAAAAGAAGAAUUACGACAAAUAGCCAUUUUAAUAUAUAAAAUAAUGUUCGUUCAAACUAAUUAUUCUCUAUGGACCACUUAUUUAAAAUCUGGUAUGGGACAACUCAUUAUUCCAUUGGCAGAAAAAUUCAACUUUCCAACAAAUUUACAUAUCUGGCCAAAAGCGAUUAAAAUAUUAAUGCAAAAAUCUACAAAAAUCAAUACAAUAAAUGAAAAUGAGAUUUGUAUGAAUUUAGUCAACAUUAAAUUAAUUGAACUAGAUAAUCAAUUAAAACAAUAUCAAGCUGAAUUGAAUAAGAUUAGAAAUGGUUUUUAUGGUUAUAUAUUACAACAUCAACAUUUAAUUGAAAGAUAUAUUGAACAAAAUAUGUCUUCUUUACGUAGGGAAAUUGAACAUAAAAUUGAACUUAUUCAUUAUGAUUAUCAUAUCCAAGCAUUCAAACUACAGUAUCUUAGACAUAAUCCAAAUAACUAUCAAAAACAACUACUGAAACAACUUUGUCGAAGUAAAUAUGAACAAGAAAUGACAGAACAAGAAUUAAUUUUUCUUCAACAACAAAUAACUUAUUUUAAUUCACCUAGUCAAUCAUUUGAAAAUUCAUCCAUAGCUCAGUCAACAAUAAUUAAUUCUCUUGAAAAUCCUGAAAUUCGACAACAACUAUUAAAUCAAUACAAAGCAAUCGCUGAAAAUUCGAAACAUCAAUUAUCAGCAUUGUGUAUAAAAGCUGCUGAAGAACAACGUGAUAAAUACAAAAAACAGCACGACAACAAUGUCAAGCAAAUGUGGUCUGAUCGUCAUGCAGCAGCUGACCAUGAAAAAAUACCAUUAUUUAUGAUUGAUCUUAUUAAUGAGCGUUGUAAAAAAAUUGGUGAAAGUAUACAAUCUAUCUAUAAGUUUAAAGUUCAAUGUUUUCUUUCAAAAUCAAACUUAAUUCAUAUUUCACACAUGGAUCUGAACAUGAGUCAUGCUCCAGAAGAUAUUGGUCAACCUACAAAUCAAGGACAGCAAAGAAAAAAACGCCAUGGUAAUCGAAAAGAUCAACGUUUUCGAAAAAAAUGUCGUGCAAGAGGCAUGAAACCAGAAAACAUCGAAAUAUUACUUCAUAGACACAAGGAAAUUCAUAAUAAAAAGAUGAAUCAUGACAAUAAGACGAUGCGAAAUACAACUGAUGAAAAUGUAGCAUCAACAACAACAACAACAGCGAAAAAUAUUUCCAAUCGUACGAAUGAACCAUCAGUACAACGAAAUUCGACACCAAAUAUUAAUAAACGUAAACGAGAUGUAUCAUUACAACAAUUAAGCUCGAAUCCAACAAUACCAAAAUCUACAAGUUCAUUAUCAAUUGUACAACCUUCAUCGAAAAAGAUGAAAAAGAAAAAGAAAACCACAACAAGUAGUCGACCGAUGAAAUGCUCAAACAAUAAUACCAAGACAAAUUACCGGUCACCUAAAUAUUUGAAACGAUCACCAUCUGUAAUUAUUAAAAUGUUAAGUAAAACAUUAAAUUAUACAUUUAAAGAAAAUAAUGAAAAAAAAAUUAUUUGUGUCCGGCUCAAUCUGUUGGAUCAAUGCUAUUUUCUACGAUUAGAACAAGAAUUAUGGAACUCAUAUCUAGAUGUUGGUAUACAGCAGCAUCUUUGGCCACCAGUGAAAGAACAAAUUUUAUCACAAAAAUUCACUCAAUUAUCUAUAUCAACAAAUAAUGAAGAGUCAGCAGCAUCAGAAGAUAUUACAGAUGAAAUUCAAACAAUUCCAGACUUUUUAACGAAGCGAAAUACAUCUUUCAAAGAAAUGAUAAAUCAAGUGAUAUCAACAAUAACACUGGAAACAUCCAAAACACCAAUAGAUGAAUUAAGAAAAAUAGCCAUUUUAAUAUAUAAAAUAAUGUUCGUUCAAACAAAUUAUUCACUAUGGAGCACAUAUUUUAAAUCAGGUGUCGGGCAACUCAUCAUUCAAUCGGAAAAACCAUUAAACUAUUCUACAAAUUCACCUAUCUGGCCAAAAGCUAUUAAAAUAUUAAUACAAGAAUCAACAAAAAUCAAUACAAUAAAUGAAAAUCAGAUUUGUAUGAAUUUAGUCAACAUUAAAUUAUGUGAACUAGACAAUCAAUUAAAACAAUAUCAGGCCGAAUUGAAUAAGAUUAGAAAUGGUUUUUAUGGUUAUACAUUACAACAUCAACAUUUAAUUGAAAGAUAUAUUGAACAAAAUAUGUCUUCUUUACGUAUGGAAAUUGAACAUAAAAUUGAACUUAUUCAUUAUGAUUAUCAUAUUCAAGCAUUGAAGCUACAGUAUCUUAGACAUAAUCCAAAUAACUAUCAAAAACAACUACUCAAACAACUUUGUCGAAGUAAAUAUGAACAAGAAAUGACAGAACAAGAAUUAAUUUUUCUUCAACAACAAAUAACUUAUUAUAAUUCACCUAGUCAAUCAUUUGAAAAUGCACCUAUGGCUCAGUCAACAUUAAUUAAUUCUAUUGAAAAUCUUCAUAUUCGACAACAACUAUUUAAUCAAUACAAAGCAAUCGCUGAAAAUUCAAAAGUUCAAUUAUCGGCAUUGUACAUAAAAGCCGCCGAAGAACAACGUGAUAAAUAUAAAAAAAAGUAUCAUGAUGACGUCAAGCAAAUAUGGUCUGAUCGUCAUGCAGCAGCUAACCAUGAAAAAAUACCAUUAUUGAUGAUUGAACUUAUUAAUGAGCGUUGUAAAAAAAUUGGUGAAAGUAUACAAUCUAUCUAUAAGUUUAAAGUUCAAUGUUUUCUUUCAAAACCAAACUUAAUUCUUAUUUCACACAUGGAUCUGAACAUGAGUCAUGCUCCUGCAGAUGUUGGUCAACCUACAAAUCAAGGACAACGAAGAAAAAAAUGCCAUGGUAAUCGAAAAGAUCAACGUUUCCGAAACAAAUGUCGUGCAAAAGGUAUGAAACAAGAAAAAAUAGAAGAAUUACUUCAACGAAACAAGGAAAUUCGUAAAAAAAAGAAGAAUCAUGUCAAUAAGACAAUGCCAAAUACAACUGAUGAACAUGUAGCAUCAACAACGACAGCCAAAAAUAUUUCCAAUCGUACAAAUGAACCAUCGGUACAACGAAAUUCGACACCAAAUACUAAUAAACGUAAACGAAAUGUAUCAUUACAACAGUUAAACUCGAAUCCAGCAAUACCAAAUUCAACCAAUUCGUCACCUAAAUAUUUGAAACGAUCACCAUCUGUAAUUAUUGAAAUGUUAAGUAAAACAUUAAAUUAUACAUUGAAAGAAAAUAAUGAAGAAAAAUUUAUUUGUGUCCGGCUCAAUCUCUUGGAUCAAUGCUAUUUUCUACGAUUAGAACAAGAAUUAUGGAAUUCAUAUCUAGAUGUUGGUAUACAGCAGCAUCUUUGGCCAGAUCGUCUCUAUACGAUGGCAAAAUCAAAUGAUUUUGAAGUCUGUCACCAAUAUCUUGUGAAUUAUAUAACUGAUCUGAAGAAACAAAUCAAUCAAUGUCAAAUAGAACUAAUCAAACAAUCUCAAUUAUGUACUUUCACAACAUUAUCAUUGGAUCAAAUUGAUCAAAGUCUCAACGAAUUUGUGGAUUGUCAGCGAAACUAUUUAUCUAAGAGAAAUAAUCGUCAAUUAAGCAAAUUCAAAGAUAAUUUUCAUGAAAAAGAAUUAUUUGAAAGUGUAACUAAAUAUCACUUAUCAUUUGAUCAUAAUAAAUGUAUGAAUGAAUUAUUGACAAUAAGAGAAAAACAAGGUGAAAUUUACGAAGAACUUCUUAAAUUUGAAAUGCGAAUAUUAUCCAAAUUUUUACCGGAAGAAUUUGAUCAUCUACAAUAUUUCAUUGCACCGAUGACUUAUACACCAUUGAACGAUGAUCAAAAAGCAAUUGAACUUAAAAAUAAUCAUCAUAAAAUUAUACAAGAAGCUAAACGUCAAUGUCUUACUAUUGCUUUACAAGCCUAUAAUAUUAAACUACAAGAUUAUGAAAAACAAUAUGAAAAUAAAUUUCUACAAUUGGAAUCACAACUUCUAUUUAGUACCAUGGUUGAUGGUUCAUCUAUUUUCAAUCAAAUUAAAGAAUAUAUGACUUAUAGAACAAAUGAAUUAAAUCAAGAUAUUUAUAAAAAAGUAUCGUCUUCUCGACGAAUGUUACUUAAAAUUCGUCAACGUUCAUCGUCAUCGAGGAAACACAUAAUUGGCGUCUCACCUGAAGCCUACCUUGAUCUGAUAUCGAAUCCAUUCAAUACACGUCAAUGGAAUCAUCUUUCACUUGGUCCAUCUUAUAUACGAUUAAAUCAAAGUUCUAUUCGUCCUCGAUAUCAACAAGAAGUUCAAAUUGGAAAAGAACAUAAAAAAAUUAGUGAUAAAGUUCAAGAUCAUCUUAUAUCACCACCAUAUUAUGUACCUUUAGAAUCAUCGAUUCUAAAAAAAUAUUCAAAUGAACUUCUUAAUUACUUUAAUCAUUCUUAUUAUGCUCCAAUAUCAUAUCAAGAUCAACUACGAGCAAUAGAGCAAGCUACAACAGCUAUAUCAAUUCGACGCAAACUCGAAAAGUCAAAUCUAAUUCUUCGUAUUACUGAUAAGGGUCAUAAUUUUUAUGUUGGCUCAAUGAUUGAAUUCGAGAAAAAAGUACAAAAAUUUUUCCAAGAUACAAAUGCAUUUGUAGAAUUAACACAAAAUCCAUUCAAUGAAAUUUUAAAUAAAGUUAUUCACUUACUCAAUCGACUUCGUGAGAAAAACUUUAUUUUAGCUUGGCAAUAUAAGAAAAUGAUGCCUGACCGAACAAGAUGUGAAUUAGCUCAUUUGUAUUUUAAUCCUAAAACACAUAAGGAAGACAUAUCAGUUCGACCUAUCGAAAAUACAAUUAUGGCUGCAACAACAAAUAUAUCAAAUUUCUUAGAUGAAAUCAUACGACCCAUAUUCGAUAGUAAAUGUAGUACAACAACCAUUAUAGAUGGUGUUUCUUUAAUAAAAGAACUUAUCAAAUAUGCCAAAAGAGGUCUCUUAAAGUCAACCACUCUUUUUUGUACAAUUGAUAUUCGAAAUUUAUAUACGAUGUUACCACAAGAAGAAGCAUUGAAUAUACUGGUCGAAUUUCUUCAUGUACAUGGUUAUAAGAAAGUCAAAGGUAUACCUCUUGAUACCAUAAGAAAAUUAGCUUCUAUAGUACUGAAAGAAAAUGUAUUUGUCUAUGAUAAAAAAAUUUAUAAACAAGUUCUUGGUGGUGCUAUGGGUUCAUCAUUUACAUUAACAUUAGCCAAUAUAUUCAUGUGGAAAUGGCAAAAAGAAUUCGUCCGUCGGCAGGAUAUGACAGGUGAAUUUUAUGGCCGAUAUAUCGAUGAUAUUUUCAUGACAUGGAAUAAAUCGGAAAAAUCAUUGAAAGAUUUAUUACAUGAAGCUAACACAUGGCAUCCAAAUAUUAAAUUAGAAUACAAAAUAAGUACAAGUCUACCAUUUUUGGAUGUUCUUCUUACGAAUAAUGCUGGUACUCUAUCAACAUCUUUGUAUCAUAAGCCAGCAGCUGAACCUUAUGUUGUACCAUAUAUUUCUGAUCAUCCUCGACAUACAUUCGGAAAUGUUAUACAAACAAGUCUUAUACGUGCUAUGAGAUAUUCAUCCACCUUUGAAAUAUUUAAUAAUGAACAAUGCCGUAUUAAAUUAACUCUAUUAUUGAAUGGAUAUCCGUCACCAUUUAUUGAGAAACAAUAUAGAAAAUUUUUCAGUGAUCAUAUAACAUCAACAUCAUUAUUACCAUUUAUUGAUGAUGAAAAACAAUUUUUUCUUCUACGUAACAAAUUACUAGAUCAACCAACCUAUUUACAAUCACAAGCGGCAUUAAGUGCAACAACAGCCGAUAUCGAUAAUGACCAAGUCGACGAACCACAACAUUUACAAACAAAACCUGAUGAUGACAAGACCAAGAAAACCAAGGAUUAUGAAAAAAAAUUAAUCGUACAUUACACACACGAAAAACGUUUUCAAUCAUUGAAACGAGACAUGCAUCGAGUCUAUGACAAUGUUUUUAAAGACACACCAGUGAGUGACGUAAAACUUAUAGUUGGCAACCGCAACCGUCGAAAUGCCAAAAAUGACUUGAUUCGAAAAAGACCUAAACAAUCCUUAUUGAAGAAUAAAACCAAUAAGAGUGAGUAA